GCGCGCCACCGGCUGCUGAGCGUCUCUCUGCCCGCAUGUACGGAGUGAGGGUACAGACAAGGAGCAGGGCCGGCUGUGGGAUUUAUUAUUCGGAGUGAGUGAGCACCUGGAUUACCCAACACACCGUUUUUAUUUUCUUUCGUUGUUGUUUUUUAUUUGUAUUUGUAUUUGUUUUAAUUCCGACUUCUGGGUUUGAGAAACAACCUGUCAUCAUGUCUCGGGCUCCGGAUGAUGUGAGCAAGCUCACAGAAAGUACAUACAAGAAUGUGAUGGAGCAGUUCAACCCAGGCCUGAGGAACCUGGUCAACCUCGGGAAAAGCUAUGAGAAAGCAGUCACAGUGAUGACUCUUGCUGGGAAGGCCUAUUUUGAUGCAGUCUCAAAGGUCGGAGAGAAUGCUAUUGUGUCUCCAGUUUCCAGAGAGCUUGGUGUGGUUCUGAUGGAGAUCUCCGAGGCCCACAAGAAGGUCUACAGUGAACUGGAAGAGAACUUCAAGCAGUUCCACAGGGAGAUUAUUAUCGAGCUGGAGAAGAAGACGGAGAUGGAUGUUAAAUACAUGAAUGCCACCUUCAAGCGCUACCAGUCAGAGCACAAGGUGAAGCUGGAAUCCCUGGAGCGCUCUCAGACAGACCUGAAGAAGCUCAGGAGAAAAAGCCAGGGGAAGCACUCAUCCAAGUAUGAGAUCAAAGAGAACGAGUAUAUGGAGACCAUCUCAUCGCGCCAGAUGGACAUGCAGAAGUUCAUCGCUGACGGCUGCAGAGAGGCCUUACUGGAAGAAAAGCGACGCUUCUGUUUCCUGGCAGACAAACACUGCAUGUUCUCCUAUCAGACUAGCAACUUCCAUGAGAAAGCCAAAGAGAUUCUCUCCGUGAGGCUCCCCAGCUGGCAGGAAAAGUGCAGCGACAUCACCAAGGUGCCAGACACAGUGACAACCAUGAUAGAGGAGCUGUCCAACACUCCAGAACAGUCACCGCUGGUUGAACGCUACAACAGGAACAACGUGGAGCCAGGGGUGCCUCCUCCAGCACCGCCACUGAAGGCACAGACCAGUCCACUAGCCAGCAUGUUCAACCAAGAUCCCAGGUUUCCGUUCACCCCUCCGUCAGACCACAACUCAGACCAGGGCAGCCUUGGAGAGGUCAGUCUGUCCCGGUCGACAUCCCAGUCGUCUGGUCUUAAUGUUGGCAGGAAGCCCCGAGUAAAGACCAUCUUUCCCCACGCGGCCGGCAACAACCAAACACUCCUCAGCUUCGACGACGGUGACACCAUCACCCUGCUCCUCCAAGAAGAGAAGGACGGCUGGCUGUAUGGAGAGCUGGAGAAGACGCAGCAGCGGGGCUGGUUUCCCUCAUCUUACUGCAGACCGUAUACUGAAACAGUGACAUCAAACAGCAAUCUGGGAACACCGGUGCGUAGCCUGAGCGUGGCCAGUCUGCCAGAGCAGGAUGAAGAGGAGCCGGUGUUGCUGCCGCCGCCAGACUACAGCGAUGAUGCUCCCUCUGGCCGAGUGGUCCCUUCAACGCCCUCGCCACAGAACACAGUUUCUUUAGUCAAUGGGACUGCAAAGGCUCCCUUUUUAGGAGGAGGGAAUCCGUUUGCGACGGUCAAGCUGAGACCGACUGUCACGAAUGACAGAUCAGCGCCAGUCAUCUAACACACCAGAUAAGGAUUUUCACCGCUGUCAUGCCUUCAGGGGAAUCAUGCAACUUGGGACCCCCUGCUACACACUGAAUAUCACCCCAACCUGACAUCUCACCAGCCUGCAUGCUAGUCUCUCUCAGUACCAGUCUGCUCUAUCAAAGGGAUCCAUUGUUUCUUGGCACAAGUGUGUUUGACUGUGCCGGUGUGUGUUUUACAUUAGCAACAGGGAAUACACUGCAUAAUCAACACAUGGAGAAGCGUGCACUCUGAAAAGUUUUGUAGUACAAAGACAAUAAUUAAUGUUAAAGUGAUAUUUCAUCCCAAAAUGAAAAUUUAGACUUUGGCGAGUCACCAACUUGCUGACGAUGUGUUUCCUUUGGCAGUAGGAAAUAACAGCUCUGAUACAGUUUAAAGAGAGUGAACAAUAAACAGUGAGGCUUAUAUCAAUGAGAUAAAAUUGUGCUGGAUUACACUCAUUGUUUCCUUUGAAUCCCUUGUGCAUAGCAAGGCAAUCAGGAUCCAGUGCCGGAAUGGCGGACCCCGCCACUACUACUAAAACCUACUAUAGUAUAUAAAAGAUAAUUACUGAAUGUACAUUAAAUGGCUAUUGCAGAAAAAAUGCUGACCAUAAAUAGUAGGAAAACUGGGAUUUGAUUUCAUGAAAAAAUUAAAUAUUAUGACUUUAAACUUGAUGAAAUAAUUAAAACAAGUAAACACUUUCAUGUCGUCCUUCUCUUAGAAUACUGAAAGGAACUUUUACGCUAAUAGAAAGUGGUAAAAAAUAAAACAAUUUCCAGUUUCUCCUCAUCUCUCAGGAAUUUUGGGGACAUUUAUACAUAUUUAUUUGAAGACGUAAACUGCCUUUAGCGUUGUAAUACAAGACUGAGAUAAAGCUAUUGAAGCCUUUGUGUGUCUGGUGGUCCCUGGUGGAGUUUCUACUGACAUGCAAACACAGACAUAGAAACCUGAAUCCUCAUUUUGGGGUGAACUGUUCCUUUAAGAUGCAAAAGAGAUGCGUAGUGUCAUAAGGUCUUUUCAGGCUUGUUUGUGCUGCAGUCAGUGCAGUGUCUGAAUACAGAAUGAAGAGAUCCAGAUGUAAAUGAUAGUGACCUGAUGCUGACGACGAAGACCAGCAUCCAGGCUGUCUACCUGACUCGCCACAUUAUAUAUAUAUAUAUAUAUACAUAUAUAUAUAUAUAUAUCUUGUUAUUUCUGUUUUUUAUUACAAUUAUUUUUGUCUUUCUUUUCUUAAGAGGCAUUACAAUAUACAAAGGCUGUGAGAAUGAAGGGAGAGUGACGUGUUGGGAAAAGGGUUUGUUAUUAGAGUGAAAGCAAAACAGUAUGUCACUGUUUAAAACGAGAAGGCUAUUUAUAUACACUAAGUUUGUAUGAGAUAUUUAAAUAAAAAGAAAUAAGUGUACAGAAGUCCAUUCUGUGAAGGCGCCCCUUUGAAUACGAUAGUCACCGAGCUCAUGAUCCCACACUGAUUUUAAUUUGACUGCUGGUAUGUAUUUUAAAUGGGCAAAAUGACCUUUUGAUGAAGGGAAUAUUUUUCACUCCUCGUGGUUUCACUGUUGUUUAAUGUAGACUCUGUGUACCGUGCACAGUUUAUGCAAAAUAAAAAUGUACCUUAGUGGUAGACAUUUGCAUCGUAUGAAUAGUGGGUCGUUGUUUAAAAUCUAAGUAUUACGUGUUUUGUGAGGACUCUUUGCCAUGUAUUUGCUUUACAGGAUGUAAAUGUAUGAUGAGGAACUGACUGAUAAGAACAGUUUGUUGAUCCUCAUAGACCCACUCUCUUGUAUAAGUGAACCCACUCAUAGUUAGUGCCACAUGCUUUCUUCAGAGUACCUUGCCACUGUGUUGACCAAUGUAGUCUUUUUUUCUCAAUAAAACAAGGUAAAGUAAAAGUCUGCCUAA